AUGUCAAGGUGCUCAGCUCUGUCAGAAGCUCUGCUUUCACUUCUGAAAGAUUUGACAGUACCACCUUCGAUCAUAUCGAGCUGGAAUUCGAAUGAUUCCACGCCUUGUAACUGGCAAGGAAUUCAGUGUGAUGAUCCUGAACAGAAUGUAGUCACCCCGAACUUGUCGGGUAUGGGGAUUUCUGGUUCACUAAGACCGGAGAUUGGCCAUCUGAGAUCACUCAAGACUAUUGACCUUGGCAUGAACAAUUUAUCGGGCUUGAUCCCGGUAGAGUUGUCGAACUGUACUCUGCUUGAAUACUUGGAUCUAUCGAACCUAGUCAUUUCUUUGAACCUCAGUGAUCAUGGACUGACUGGGGAAAUUCCAUCAGAGAUUGGGAAGUUGAAUAAGAUUGUAAGCUUGGAUAUAUCUCACAACAAUCUUUCAGGAAGUUUGGAAGUUCUUGAUGCACUCCGAUCAUUGAUGGAUGUGAAUGUUUCAUAUAAUCUCUUCACUGGUCCUGUACCAAAUACAUUAAUUAAAUUGCUAAAGUACUCUCCUUCAUCAUUCUUGGGGAACCCAGGAAUCUGUGUUCCUUGUCUUCUUGGGGAUGGAUCCAAUUGCACCAUGAACAGCAAUCUUUACUCCUUAAGAUCAAAACCAGAAGUUGAAAGUUCUGUUGGUGAAGGUUCAACUCUCUCACUGAAUGCAGUGAUUGAGGCCACUGAUAAUCUGAAUGAUAGAUUUAUCAUUGGCAGAGGAGCCCAUAGGACUGUUUACAAAGUAAUAUUGGGUCCAGAGAAACUGUAUGCUGUAAAGAAACUUGCAUUUUCACACCAUAAAGGUGCAAGUGAGAGCAUGAUUAGGGAAAUCCAGACUUCUGGAGAGAUCAGACACCGAAAUCUGGUGAGAUUGGAAGAUUUCUGGUUGAGGAAAGACUAUGGGUUGAUCUUGCACAAAUACAUGGAGAAUGGAAGCCUCCAUGACGUUCUACAUGUGAUAAUACCUCCUCCAGUUCUCAAGUGGGAAGUGCGUUACAGGAUGGCACUGGGAAUUUCACAAGGUUAA